CCCAUAAAUAAUAUUUUUCUUUUUUUUUUUGACAAAUAAUAAUAAACAAAAUUAGUGACUUGUACCAAAAUCGAGAAAUACAACGAGUAUAAUUUAUUUUAUACAACUAUUAAUGUUUUUUUUAAAAUUUUUUCAUAAAAUAAAUUAUUUUCCCUUUACUCAAUUUUAAUUUACCUGAUUAAGAAUUCAGACUGCUGUUUACGUAAAUUUUGUGAAACUCAUCACUCCGGAAUUUAAUAGUCCUUUUUUCCAUUUAUCAUAUCAUGUUUAAAAUUGUAUUUUAAAUUUUAUCAACAGUAUUAUGGCUACUAUUCGACAUGAAAUAGUUUUUGCUGCAUUUCAUAGAGCAAAUGCAUUAGUAGACCCUAAUAUUCAAAAUAAUUUAGAAAAACGACAUGUAUUUAGAAUACAAACAGUUCUUGCUGACAAAUCUCUUACCAAGGAUGAAAAAUCAUAUGCAGUAAAAGAAUUAAAUAAAAAUUUUGAUUCUCUUAAAAUUAUUUAUAAUGAAGGAACAAAAAGAAUUUGUGAAAAUUGUCAUGAUGAAUGUUUAGCUACAUUAUAUUGUGAACAUUGUAUUCGAAAUUAUUUAAAAGAAAAUUUUUCAAACUGGACAUCUGGAAAUAAUGAUAUUGAUAAUUUAAUACAACAAUGUCAAAUAAAAGCACUUAAACCAGAUAUGAUAGUAGAAUGGAUUCCUUAUAAUAAAUUACAAGAUAUUAAAUACUUAACUAAAGGUGGAUGUUCUGAAAUUUAUACAGCAGUUUGGAUUGAUGGAAGUUAUUUUGAAUGGGAUUUUAAAAAAAAACAAUUAAAAAGAUUUGAAUGGCAAGAAGUAAUACUCAAAAGAUUAGAAAAUGUUGAAAGUGCCAAUAAAAGUUGGUUUGAGGAGGUAUAUACAAGUAAUUAAAAAUAUUUGAAAUUUUUUUUAAAAUUUAAUUGCAAUUUUUU